CAGCGAGCAGUAUCUGUUCAGGAAACGCUGCCUGGUUUCCACCUGCAGACAAGAAGCCCAGAGACUGACCCAGUCUCAUCUAAAAAGCUAGAAGAAGGACUGGAGCGGCGAGCAGCAGCGAUGGUUUGCGGCGGAUUCAUUUGCACCAAGAACGCACUCUGCGCUCUCAAUAUAGUCUAUGUUUUGGUGGGUCUGCUGCUAAUCGGAGUGGCAGGCUGGGGGAAAUGGUUGGACUUGGUCUCCAGCAUCAGGGUGGUGGCAGGGGUCAUCGGCGUGGGCGUCUUCCUGUUUGUGGUUGCCUUUGUGGGGCUGUGCGGCGCCCUGAAGCACCAUCAGGUCCUGCUCUUCUUCUACAUGAUAAUCCUGUUCAUAGUGUUUGUCGUGCAGUUUUCGGUGUCCUGUGCUUGUCUGGCACUGAAUAAAGAGCAACAGAACCACCUGCUGGAGGUUGGAUGGAACAAAUCCGAGGCCACUCAAAGGGACCUUGAGAAAACACUCGACUGUUGUGGCUUCUUUCAUGUUCCAGUCAAUGGCACAUGUCCAGCUAGAUGCUUUCACUCUCCAGUGACUUGUAACACAUGCUCAGAGAGCAUCCAGCAGUAUGCUGGAGGUGUGCUACGGUUUGUUGGUGGUAUCGGACUCUUCUUCAGCUUCACAGAGAUCCUCGGAGUUUGGCUCGCCCACAGAUACAGAAAUAUCAAAGAUCCUCGAACAAAUCCUGGAGCCUUUCUAUAACCACUCAGAAUUUAAUAAACCCCCAAAAUUGCACUGCUG